AUGUCAGGCUUCGCUAUUGAGGAGGAAUUCAUUUCCCAAGCGGAAUUCGUUGUACAAAAAGUUACUCUUCGUCAAUCUACACCCGUGUCCCGUCUGCUUUGCAUCACGGACAGUCUGCUUCUGGAACGGGAUCCUCCAAGCUAUCGAGCUGUUUGUGGAUAUCCUUUGUGUGAAAUUUAUACUCUUGUUCGGGACAGAGUUCAACCCCAGCGGUUUUUAAUCGAAUACGUUCGAGGUGAAUCCAAAACCUAUUUCUCCACAGACAGAGAUACGCUGUUAGCCUCACUCCUAGAUGCUGUUCGGGCCAGUGGGAACCGAGAUGUGUGUGUCCGAAGCACACCCUCCAAUCGUGGUCUCCGCUUUUGCCCCACAAUGACGUCAGCAUCAGAGGAAGUCGAAUCUGUGCAUCUUCGUUUCCUCCGUCAGCAACCAGAGGGAAUUUCAUUCUGGGAAGUCUUACAACGUUUCAAUGCCAACGUGGCCUACAGUGGUCUACUACACGCCGUCACUCAAGAUGGUGUGUUCGCUGAGAACAAGGAGAAACUGAUCAAGGACGCACUCUCUGCAAUUCUGACCCAACCCGCGCCCGGUUUGGAUACUUCGCUAUUCGCCACUCUGCCAGGUGUCGGAUCCAGACCCAUGGAUACCAAAAGGGGUCAGAUGAAACAUGCGGAUCCUGAUGCGCAGCUGGUGCUGCUGGAGGCUCAGUUUCACGCCCUUCGCCGUUUGGUUGCGUCCAAGGCGGGGUUUAACGCGUUCACACAACUACCCGGAAUGCGAGUAACUCUCGGUCGAAUUGUGGUCGCAGCUUUACGUCGACGGGAUGAUGCGGUAACGCACGCAGUUCUGGACGCGAUCAAUACUUUGAUGCAACCGAUGCACGAUCAACCGGAUAUUCGUCAAGAACAACUGAACAAGUCUUCAAUCAUGUCCAGUGAGAACUUCAUGUCUCGUUUGGUGGAUAUUUUCACCUUACACGCGAUACGCGGUACCGGAGCGUUGGUCCUCUGCGCCCUUUUGGACUUCUUCACUUUUGCCAUCUGCCUGCCGUACUCGGAAACUUCCGAUGGUGGCGCAUUCGACUGUUUGUUGCGGCUGGUUGCAAACCGUGGUCGAGCCCUCUUUCGUCUGUUCCAUCAUCCCAGCUUAGCGAUUGUCCGCGGUGCCGGCUUGGUCAUGCGAGCUCUGAUUGAAGAAGGGAGCGAAGAGGUAGCGUCGGAAAUGCGCAGUCUGGCAUUAUCCGAGGGUGCCCUGUUUCAUCACUUGUCCAUUUCGUGCUUUACCCAAGGACGGGAUGCCCGAAGUUUGGCUGUCCGGCAACUCAGUCGUCAGUUGGUUACUUUAUGGGCCGAGAACAACCCGGAAGCACAAGAUCUACUCAAACGGAUGUUUCCCCUUGGCUUGUUGGCCUAUCUCGAAAGCGAUGCAGAGCCCCCGGUCGUCGUGAUCGACCAUCUGCCUCAUCGUGACAAUUUGAAGUUAGCCCAGGAUCAUAUGACUCGCAUUGAUGAACGGAAACAAACGAUUCGUUACCAAGUCGAGACAAAAAUAGAACAACUACUCACCCACUGGCGUCUUCGGGUCGGACUUCCACCUCGGAAGCCUAAUGUCAAUCGUGAGCUUGACGAACGACCCGUCGUACUGCGGUUACCGAGACACCAAGUGAAACCACUCCGUGCACCUGACACUGGCGACGGGGUUCACGUCGCCAAUUGGCGCUAUUUCUUCUACCAAUUCGAGCAAGAUCACGCCAAGCCGGAUUUGGUUUGGAAUCUACGGACACGAAAUGAGUUGCGCGAAGCAAUGGACAAGGAGAUUCAAGAGUUCAAGCGCGAGCGGGACUAUUUUUCGCAAAGCAUGAUGGAGAAUCCGCACAACGACCCGCGGUUGGAUGCAGAUACCACUGAACAUGCGGGCGCUGAGGCAACACCGACUACGACCACGAAUGAGACUUCGUCUUCGGAACCUCCCACCCCGUCUGAGGUCAGGAACGGACUGCCUAGUUUGGACGGGAAUGCUUCCAGUUCUCCACCCGCACGGUUGAUAACUACAACGUCCAAUCCAACGCCCCCACCCAGUCCAAUUCAAGUCAGCGCUCGGCGCCUCAUCAAACAAGCCAGUCUGGUUUCGUGGAAUCAUAGCGAGUUCAAAGUGGAGCACCCUAGUUUGGCCAGCGAACCGCGAGUUGGUAACUAUUAUCUCCGUUUGUUGCUGGAAGAAGACAAACGAGUUCACGGCGAGGAUGCAACGAUUCCAUUGGAUGUGAGCACCACAGAACCAGCGGUGGGGUUGUCUCGAAUACGGGACAGCAAACAGUUCUUCAAUGACCUUUUCCGUCGCUAUCUCCAGUACAUUGCUUCGGGGCCCUCGUUGGACUCGUUCGCUCAGCUUUCAUCUGCCACACCGCGCAGCAGUCGAGACGGUCAGCAGCGUGCGCACCGUUUGUCGAUGCGCUGUUUGUGCUUGCACGCCAUGGCGGUUGUUUACGGACGGUGUCACGCAGAGAUUGGUCCAGUAUCGGACAUUCCACUGUUGGUGUAUUUGUUGGAUCGAACGACAUCUGCUUCUGAACGUGAUUGCCUUCUGCUUCUGUUGAAUAAACUCAUGCUGAACAGGUACAACGUCGAUGCGUUGGUGGAUGCCGACGGGGUCCGCGUUUUGAUCGAUUUGGCUUGCUUGUCACAUUUGCACACCUCGCGAGCUUCCACCCCACUUCAGUCCAAUGUGCUCAAAGCUAGCGCGUCGCAGGAUACUCACGAAGGUGGGGCCAGUACUCAACGCGAGUGGUGGUGGUACAACCCUGGUGGUGAGCCACGACCCGCCCAGCAAUCGGCCCUCGUCAAUGGGGAUACUGCAAACGGUACCGGUUCUACUGACCAGAAUAUGGCAAAAAUUCAAGGUCCUGUGAGCUUUUCGGAGCUACGAAAGUUAAUCUCCACCAAACAUGUUACGACCAACACGUUCGUAUAUGCUCAAGGACUUGAUGUAAUUCCCCGGUGUCGACCCGACGGUUUUCUGGCUGCAGACGAUGAAGAAAGUGCGGAAUGGGAACGUGCCCAUUUGUGCCAGGGACAAAACGAUUCCUCAGCCAACACAACCUCGAACAGUUCCGCCCAAAGUCCCACAGGUGCACGGUCUCUUUCUGGUUGGAUCUCUGCUCGCCGUGUCGUUCAGCUACGUUGGGCUGUACCUGAACUACUGAACCCGCAGGCGACGUCCGUAGAUUUCGAUCCCCAAACCGCAUCGGCUGCCACUGGUGGUGGUGGUGUGCUCACUUCUACCUCCCGUUCCAAAGGCACAGAAGGUGUUGGUAGUUUAAUCGACCAGCUGGGUUACAGCCAGGGUGCUUUAUUAGACUACACAACUCUGGCGAUCCGUUGUGUGGAUGUUCUGCGGAAACUAUGUGAUAGUUGCUCUUCACGUGAUCUUCGUGGUGGUGUAGUCCGUCCUCUCCCGAAACCACGCCGGGUGAUCAGCCAACCGCAGUGUCUGACACAUUUGACCCAGCUUCUGUUGACCUUUGACCCACCCUUGGUCGAACGAGUGGUCUCGUUGCUACACGUGCUACUGGAUCAGAACCCCUGUCUGCCUCGUCUCUAUCUUACCGGUGUAUUCUUCUUUAUCCUUAUGUAUACUGGCAGUAACGUCUUGCCGAUCGCACGUUUUCUCAAAGAUGUUCAUCUGCUUCAAGCAUUCCGGCUAGAAGAUAGUCACCAUCUGUCUAGCUCGGAUCUGACUUCUCGUUCGGUUUUGGGUAACAUGCUCCCGGACGCGAUGAUUGCUUAUUUGGAAAAUCAUCCUGCCGAGAAGUUCGCCGAAAUCUUCUUGGGCAACUUUGACUCGCCUGAGGCCAUAUGGAAUGCAGAAAUGCGACGGUUCCUGAUCGGACGCAUUGCUUCCCAUCUUGCCGAUUUCUCUCCUCGACUGCACAGCAAUACACGGGCAGUGUAUCAGUACAUCGGUAUACCGUUGAUAGUGUAUCCGCAACUGGAAAACGAGUUGUUCUGUCACAACUACUAUCUCCGCCACUUGUGUGAUACCAUCCGAUUUCCUGAUUGGCCAAUUCGUGAUCCGAUUGCCCUUCUUCGGGACAUACUCCGCGCUUGGCGUGAGGAGAAUGAGAAGAAACCGGUGGAUAUGUCAUACAACGACGCCAUUCGCGAACUGGGAUUAGAGGCCUCGCAGUUGAACCCGUGA